UCAAGAUUUAUCUAAUUCGGAUUUUUAAAAACGGGGAUAUGUUAAGUCGAAAAUGUAUUGAAUGUUUAGCAAGGUGCUACGACUCCUCUACGUCUGACAGAUGGACAUUAUGCAAUGAUGUUCUUCUGCACCUGCAAGUCCCCCUCCCCUGCACACACACAUAACACAUUGAUAGUACAAGGGAGGAGGACAUUCGGGUGGAGCAGCGUUGCGUGCUGCAGCGGAUACUCUGUAGGUCGUUAACGCGCGCGGUUCGUCUGUUGCAGAACAGGUGUAGGUCGGUGUGUGUGUGAAUAAGAGAGGCGACAAUGAGCCGUAGCUGGUGUGUCUGUGUGUGAGAGGAGCAGGAGUAGAAGAGAAAAAGACAGACAGACAUGGAGGACUCUGAGUCCGGUGGAGAAGAUGGUAUGGUCGGCGGCUGGCGGUGGAAUAACCGAAACACCGGGGCUCGAGACCAGACUCAGCUAAGGCAGAAGAUCCGGGAUUUACCCGGACUGUUGAAACAUGGACUGCACCUAAGGAAGAAAAGCCAGUCACCGGAUACCAUCCCCGGACCCAGCACCAGCCCUACUGUUCACAAGUCCUGCUCCCAGAGUUUCCCGUGUGCAGGGCGUGCUGUGAGAAAUGCGUUCCUGUCUCAUGGUCCGUACCCUGCUAAAGACAAGAUUCACCUCGCCAGGAUCAUAAGGCGGAGCUACGUGGGUGUAGAGCUGGUCCAGUGGCUGUGUGAGCAGUGUGUGUACGUGCGCUGUCGGAGUAUGGCCGUGCGCGUCUGGCAGGUCCUACUGGAGCUGGGCAUCCUACUGUCUGUGGACCAGCGUGUGGUGUUUGGGGACUCUAACUCCUACUACCAGUUCAGCUUUGAGGAGUGUGAGUCUGCAGCCUGCGAGUUCUGCGGCCUGGAGAAGGAGGCGUGGCCAGAGGCUGUUAGGCUCCUCCUACAGCUCGUCCCAUAUGUCCAGUUCAGAACUGGGUCUGAGGAGGACUCGGAGGGGAACAGAGAUGUCUGCGGGGACAGCUUUCUCCAGAUGAAAGCACUAGAGAGACUCACCUCCACGGUCCAGAAUGAGUUGGCUGCUGCUCUUGCCCGCAAGGCUCGCAAAGCCAUGGCAGAGCAGGAUGGUCAAGAGUCACCAGACUCCACUCCUCGACAGACACCCACACCCAACGAGGAGAACACCAUGUCCCGUUCCUUACAGCUGGGGGGGGGGUGUGUGCGGCCGGACGGUGUGUGUGGCCGCGAGGAGCUGACCAGACUAGAGCUGGUCCAGAGACUGGCUGCAGACAGCUGCAGACUGCUGCAGAACCAGAACUACAGAGUACCAGACCACCGCAACCCCACCGGAGAGGCAGUAGGGAGGGUGUGUCUUAAGGAAAGGGGGCGGGACGUCCUUGUGCUACAGAGAGUGCCAUCAUCAGUGACAUCACCUAACCCCGCUUCCUCGCCAUCAUCAGUGACAUCACCUAACCCCGCUUCCUCGCCAUCAGGGGGAGGGGCCAGAGAGGAGGACGGAGAGAAGAGGUAUGUGGUGGUGUCUGGAACACCCCUGAAGAUUCUAGAACACCUGCUGAGUGACCUACGACUGGAUGACCAGAGAGGAGCACCGGAGAGCAGAGUGUCUGAGCUGCUGCUGGAUGACUUCCUGUUGACGUACCUAGUGUUCAUGACGACCAACGACCUCUGUCAGGCCCUGCUCGGACACUACAGCAGUAAGCGUGUGCAUGGUCAAGGUCAGGAGGAUGGAAAGGAGGCCCUCUAUAGGAAGAGGAAAGUAUUACACCUAGUUGCUCACUGGACACGCCUAUAUAAGGACUUCCUACGAGAGGACGAACACAUCAAGGCAUUCAUGAAGACUCUCUCCAGGUGUGUGUUAGAGGAUCUUUAUGAGUUUCCGUCUCUGGAGAAAGACAUGAAGGAGUUCCAGAAGCUUCUACGACGUAGACACACAGUGGAUGAAUGUCCUCCACAACAAAAGAGUAAGCCUCUGUUCCAGCAGCUCAGUUUAAAGGAGAACAGUCUGCCACUCCGCUUCCCUCGGGCUGACACCAAAGAGGUGCUGUGUCGUGUGUAUGUGAGUGCUGAUUCGUACCUGUGUGUUUACACACACUCUUUGCUGAGCGUGGCAGAGCUGCUGAGGAUUGUGGGUCAGAAGAUGGACCGACCAGAGGAGGACAUGGUGCUGAUGACACACACACCUACUGGAGAGAGGAGGAUGUUACAGGCUGGUCAAUAUGUGUAUUCUGAGACUUUGACGCCACAGAGCAAACUGAUGGUCUGUCGGAGGGACCUCACACAUAUUAUGGCCCCUCUAACAGACAGUGAGCUGAGUAGGAGAACAGUGAGGUUGCUGGGUAUCAACACCUGGGAUAUGGCUGCUGUUCUCACACAACUGGACUGGAACCUCUUCAACUCCAUACACGAGCAGGAGUUGGUGUAUUCUACAAUGAGCUGUAGUACCGGAGGCAGCCACCGGGAGGGGCUAUCUGUAUUGCUGCAGCGCUGCAACGAGGUCCAGCAGUGGGUCAUGUCUGAGGUCCUGAUGUGUGUGUCACUCAACAAACGAGUCCAGCUGCUCAAGAAGUUCAUCAAGAUUGCAGCGCACUGUAAGGCCCAAAGGAACCUGAACUCAGCAUUUGCCAUCAUCAUGGGACUCAACACAGCAGCCGUCAGCAGACUCAACAUAACCUGGGAGAAAGUUCCGGGGAAAUUCAAGAAGAUCUUCUCUGAACUGGAGCUGAUCACAGACCCGUCUCUGAACCAUAAGGCCUACAGAGAUGCCUUCAAGAAGAUGAAGCCUCCUAAGAUCCCCUUCAUGCCCCUGCUGUUGAAAGACAUCACCUUUAUCCACGAGGGAAACAAAACCUUUCAGGACAACCUGGUCAACUUCCAGAAACUGCACAUGAUCGCCGACACAGUGCGUCUGAUUCGCCACUGCCAAAGCGACCAACUCGGUAACGAGGUGGUGGGGAGCGACAGUGCAGAGGUCAGGGCGAGCGUUCACUACCUCCACAUCAUCGACAAUCAACAGACACUGUUCCAACUGUCACACAAGCUGGAGCCUCGCGCCUGAACACACACACAGAAAAUACACUUUGUGUUGAAGGUGCCAUGCAAGCCACCGGCUCUUAGCCAAUCACAGUUCAGCAUCCUGAUUCAGCCAGCCAACCACAGAGCUGCACACUGAGACGGCAUUCAGACUGAAAAUGUAUAUCUGUCAACCUGAUUCAGACUGUUUUUCUAUGAAGGUCAAACUUUGACGUACGACAAAGACCAAGGAGAAGACAGACAGCCAUUCUUUAUUGUUCUGUCAUGAAUACUGUUUUUAAGCUACUCUCCAGAGGAUUUUGUACAGUUACUGAGAUUGUGUUUCUGGUCUUAAGUUAACAGUUAGUUUCAUUGUAUAUUAAUUAUCCUCAGUAGGGAAACAGUCAAAAGACUGUAGAUAGUAACUGUUAGUAUAUGACUGGAAAUCAUGCAGUAGACGUACAGCAGAUGUAUACUGUAUGUGUUCAGGCCACAUGGUGAGAUAUGCCUCUGGAUGACAGUGGCAAAUGUCCGGAUGGGGGAGAGAUGCCAUAUACAGAUUACACACAUCCCUUUUUAUUUGUAUCUGUAGAAACCACAAAGCCCUCAUAAUUUCUGCUCCUGUCAUACCACAACAUAAAGGUCCUACUAUUACACAUUGUUAUUGGGCGUUAAUACCACGGUAUUAUAGAGAUUAUUAUUAUUACAUUGUUAUUACACUUUUACUGACUGAAGAGCUGUUUUAAUGCCUGUUACACACAGAUUUCACUAAGCAACAUUGCCUUGGUUCAAACCCAGUCAAUGCAUUCAACACUGAUAAAGUACAUCACUGUUAAGGCCUGGUGUAUUCACACUGACUGAUCAAGUACAUCACUGUUAAGGCCUGGUGUAUUCACACUGACUGAUCAAGUACAUCACUGUUAAGGCCUGGUGUAUUCACACUGACUGAUCAAGUACAUCACUGUUAAGGCCUGGUGUAUUCACACUGACUGAUUAAGUACAUCACUGUUAAGGCCUGGUGUAUUCACACUGACUGAUCAAGUACAUCACUGUUAAGGCCUGGUGUAUUCACACUGACUGAUCAAGUACAUCACUGUUAAGGCCUGGGAUAUUCACACUGACUGAUCAAGUACAUCACUGUUAAGGCCUGGUGUAUUCACACUGACUGAUCAAGUACAUCACUGUUAAGGCCUGGUGUAUUCACACUGACUGAUCAAGUACAUCACUGUUAAGGCCUGGUGUAUUCACACUGACUGAUCAAGUACAUCACUGUUAAGGCCUGUGGUAUUCACACUGACUGAUCAAGUGCAUCACAUGUACAGUGUUCAGGUGUGUAGAAGCAGGGCAGUAGUGCUAUAUAACUAUUUAUUGUAAUAUUUUGUUUAUUUAUAUUUCUCUACAGAAUGUGACAGUCCUGUGUGCCAUAUCACUCCGGAGCUGUAUAAAGACAGACCUCGGUAAAGAUUUGCAGGACAUAUGUGUAAAUACAUUGAACUGUGUCCAAAAAGGUUUGCUGGUUGAGCUGAAAUGCUGGAAUGUUUAAAACAGGAGACUAGGGAGUGGAGUUGGUCCAGUGAUUGUUACUGUCCUAUGUGAUUUCAAAAUGGGGGGGAAGAGAAAAAAGACGAAUGAAGAAGAGACAGAGGGGUGUUGUUGUUUUCUUGCCAUGAUGAUGUAAAGUUCUGUUUUAAAGAAUGUUGUUGUUUGCAUGACGUGACAACCCCACCAGAUCACAAUGCAAGAUGACACUAAGAGUGUGUCCCAAAUUGCAUCCUAUUUCCUAUAUAGUGCAUUACUUUUGACCAGAGCUAUGUGGCCCUAGUCAAACGUAGUGCACUAUAUAGGGAAUAGGGAGCUCUGGUUAAAAGUAGUGCACUAUAUAAGCCAGGGAAUAGUGUGCCAUUUCAGAUUUGCUCUAAGGCUUUAUACCACCGUAAUAUUGUUGAUUUGUAAAUAUGCAUAAUGUUAUUAUGAUGUUUGAGAUGUAAUUAUUUAUCUGUUUAAAAGGUAGGCCUACAUUCCACAAUAUGUCUUCAUACACAGCGGGAGAAAGGAAAGGGCAGAGCAGUAUGUUCCCUGUCCCUAACUGCUGAAGCCACACGUCUUUUCUAAAGAGAGGUUUACUACGUCAAAGUUUUACUGGAGAUUAUGUAUGAAUAAAUUAGAGCUUUUAUGUCAUAAUAAACAUUGUGUCGAUGGUCA